GAUAGAUGUCAGUUUAGUCAGUUCGUUUCCCCGUUUUCCCCAGUGGCUACACCAAAGAUCAGCACAAGAUUCGAUUAGAAAUGUCCCGUCAGGCCAAGCAUGAGAUGCCGUCUAAGGAUCAAGGUGAACCUGGCUCAGGUGGGGAUCGCAGCAAGAAAGUAGGAGGUUCUAGAUCUAAGCAGUCCUCCGAUCAGUACCUCCAGAGGAAGAGCUACAGUCGCUCCGACCAGGAUUCUUCAGGUCACAAAUAUUCCAGCAGGAUUAAGGGAAAUUUCUCUCAGAGGACCAGAGAACACAGCAACCACUCAAAGGAACACAAGUACUCAGACGAAGAGAUCGACGAGGAGCCCAAGGACACAGAAUGCAUUUCAAGUGAGUCCCAAUCUCGGUCCCAUCCAAGCCAACUGUCCACCGACCGCUCCAAGAGCUUCAGCCAGAUAUACAGCGAAAUCUUCGAGGAGUCUAAGGAACGACAACAGAAGGCAGAGCGGGCCUGUCGGACCUACUGCAUCAACGCAUCUAAGCUGCACAGGAGCUUUGAGGCAUCCGGUUCCAGGGGACCAGGAAGUGGGAACUACGAGAGCAGUCUGGAAUCGGAGUGUUCCAGUAACUGGGAAAGGGAAUACCGGGAGUACGAAAGUUCAUCGAUAGAAGAACCUGACUUCGAUGGGCAGAGAAGACACCAAAAAGAUUUUAAGUCAAAACCAAUCAAAGGGCCUUCCAAUAAAACGGAGCCCCGAGAAAGGUUCUGCUGUGAGUUAAAUCAAGGUUCGAGGAAUUCGUAUUCCUAUCCUUCCGAUAAUAGGUAUUCCGAAGAUACAUCCAAAGCCAAACAAAAAGCCAGAUCCUGCGUAUGUGCUCUGGAGUCUUCGGUUUGCAGUCUCUGCUCUGCGUGUUCCAGAUCGAGAAAAUACCACUCUGAGGGCUACAGAACGGAGGUGACUGAUGGAUCCGAUUACCCUGGCGACUGCAGGAGUGUCAUUCCUACUACUGCGACAUCGCAAUCUCGCUCACAAAGAGAUUAUCUUUCGAGCUGCAGCACACGCCAUCGUCAUCAUCAUUAUUGUCGCCAGAGAAGUGAGCCCAAGACGUAUCAAGAUCGUGGAAAUAGUCCCAUUAACAUCAAAACCAGGCGGAAGACACACGACUACCAGGGAAUUCCCUCUGAAACUGGCAGCGCGAAGGUGAGGGUGAGGGAUUCCCUCAGCAGUUCAAGAGCCUCCAUCGGCGUGCAAUAUCCCAGUGAAGAUGAGACCGAGGACUGGGCUGACGAAGGGUCUGGUGGUUGUCGGUACAGCACCCAUGGUGCUAAUGAAUGUGAAAGUUUGAAAGACAGUUGGUCCAGUGAUAAGGAAGAGAAUGCAUCGGGUGUCAAUGUAGUUCACAGUGACUAUGACGAAAGCCUAAUGUUGCCGGGAGAUUCCAAUCUUCAGGAUAUCGACAUAAACGAUGACUACAGAAAACCGACAAAUGAAGAUGGUCGAAGUGUCAACACUGAAGCGGCAUGCCACAUCUGUAACGAUCUUGAUCAGUUUGUGUCCGAUGACGAACUAAGCAGUCCCGAUGGGAUCAAGGAAUAUGACAAUGCUGAUGAACAAGAUGACGGCUAUAGCCACGAGCCUGAAAUGUACGAUGAAAACGAAAAGCUUUCUGAUGAAAAUGAGAAAGGCAGCUCUGAAGAAGGAAAUCAACUUAGCAAAGACCAAGGCCAUCUGGUCUGUGUUGAUGGUGAACAACCUUUAAGCCACCAAGAUGGAGCAAAUGCGUCUUCAAAAAAGGUAGACAAAUCCAAAAGCUUUCUCAGCCUUAAAAUAUACAAUGCUGAUGAGGCCCUGAUGGAGAUCCCUGAGAAUUUUAAGGGUCCUGCGAUCAUUCUGGAUGAUGAUGCCGACUUCUUGGACAUCACAUUGACCGAUGACGAGGAGAAGAUCCAUGCUAAGCUGAUGGCAGCAGCACUAACCACCAGGAAGAGCACCAGCUCCAUCAGCGCCAACAGCAGUCUGAGGUCCCGUCGGUCCCUUUCUCCCUGCAUGCUUAACUACAAGCCCAGCGUGAUCUUCACCCGCCGAUCGGAGGUGGUCAAAGAUGAGAGUGUUCCCAGGCGGACCGAUCGCGUGGCCCUUCUGGCCGAGGAAUUCCUGCGGAGACUUAGUGAAAAUUCAGCUCGGAAUUCCGAAUGGCAGCCCUUAGUAAAGGAGGACUGCGCUACGGAUUCAAAUGAGCAAAAUUUGGAGGAAGAAGGUGACUCUCCAGAAGAGUACAUUCACACCCCGCCCUGCGAUGACCGCCAGUUGCUUUCCAAGGAGUUCAACAGGAAGUUGCAGCGCCAGCUCAAAGUGAUUGUUGAGACUUUUCAAUGAAUUUUACUGGAAAUGUAUAUUUUGUAUCUGCAAUCGCA